ACGGGCGCCGCCAUUUUGUUUGGCUGGAGGGGAGUGAGCGGCGCCUUGGGGGAGGGGUCUCGUAGGCGCCUUACCUGACCCUACGGCCACCGUGCUGGUACUGCUCCGCAGGGAGGCCUUCUCCCUGGCUACGGCCGCGGAACAAUGUACAUAAAGCAGGUUAUUAUCCAGGGUUUUCGAAGUUAUAGAGAUCAAACAAUUGUAGAUCCCUUCAGUUCAAAGCAUAAUGUUAUUGUGGGCAGGAAUGGAUCUGGAAAAAGUAACUUUUUCUAUGCAAUUCAGUUUGUCCUCAGCGAUGAGUUUAGUCAUCUUCGUCCGGAACAGCGACUGGCUUUGUUGCAUGAGGGUACUGGUCCUCGUGUUAUUUCUGCUUUUGUGGAGAUUAUUUUUGACAAUUCAGACAACCGUUUACCAAUUGAUAAAGAGGAAGUUUCACUUCGGAGGGUAAUUGGUGCCAAAAAGGAUCAGUAUUUCUUAGACAAGAAAAUGGUCACGAAAAAUGAUGUGAUGAACCUCCUUGAAAGUGCUGGUUUUUCUCGAAGCAAUCCUUACUAUAUUGUUAAACAAGGAAAGAUCAACCAGAUGGCAACAGCACCAGAUUCCCAAAGACUAAAGCUAUUAAGAGAAGUUGCUGGUACUAGAGUAUAUGAUGAGCGAAAAGAAGAAAGCAUCUCCUUAAUGAAAGAAACAGAGGGCAAGAGGGAAAAGAUCAAUGAAUUAUUAAAGUACAUUGAAGAGAGAUUACAUACCUUAGAGGAAGAAAAGGAAGAACUAGCUCAGUAUCAGAAGUGGGAUAAAAUGAGACGAGCCCUGGAAUAUACCAUUUACAAUCAGGAGCUUAAUGAGACCCGUGCUAAACUUGAUGAGCUUUCUGCUAAGCGAGAGACUAGUGGAGAAAAAUCCAGGCAAUUAAGAGAUGCCCAGCAGGAUGCCAGAGAUAAAAUGGAGGAUAUUGAACGCCAAGUUCGAGAACUGAAAACAAAAAUUUCAGCUAUGAAAGAAGAAAAGGAACAGCUCAGUGCUGAACGACAGGAGCAAAUUAAGCAGAGGACUAAGUUGGAGCUUAAAGCCAAAGAUUUGCAAGAUGAAUUGGCAGGGAAUAGUGAGCAAAGGAAACGCUUAUUAAAAGAGAGGCAGAAGCUGCUUGAAAAAAUAGAAGAAAAGCAGAAAGAACUGGCAGAAACAGAACCUAAAUUCAACAGCGUAAAAGAAAAAGAAGAGCGAGGCAUUGCUAGAUUGGCCCAAGCUACCCAGGAAAGAACGGAUCUCUAUGCAAAACAAGGUCGAGGAAGCCAGUUUACAUCAAAAGAAGAAAGGGAUAAGUGGAUUAAAAAGGAACUCAAAUCUUUAGAUCAGGCUAUUAAUGACAAGAAAAGACAGAUUGCCGCUAUACACAAGGAUUUGGAGGACACUGAGGCAAAUAAAGAGAAAAAUCUGGAACAGUAUAAUAAAUUGGAUCAGGAUCUUAAUGAAGUCAAAGCUCGAGUAGAAGAACUGGACAGAAAAUACUAUGAAGUAAAAAACAAGAAAGAUGAAUUACAAAGUGAAAGAAAUUAUUUGUGGAGAGAGGAGAAUGCAGAACAGCAAGCUCUUGCUGCUAAAAGAGAAGAUCUUGAAAAGAAGCAGCAACUUCUUAGAGCAGCAACAGGAAAGGCCAUUUUAAAUGGGAUAGAUAGCAUAAACAAAGUAUUGGACCACUUUCGUCGAAAAGGAAUAAACCAGCAUGUUCAAAAUGGCUAUCAUGGCAUUGUCAUGAAUAACUUUGAAUGUGAGCCAGCUUUCUACACAUGUGUGGAAGUCACUGCUGGAAACAGGUUAUUUUAUCAUAUUGUUGAUUCAGAUGAAGUCAGUACGAAGAUUUUAAUGGAAUUUAAUAAAAUGAAUCUUCCUGGAGAAGUUACUUUUCUGCCUCUCAAUAAGUUGGAUGUCAGGGAUACUGCCUAUCCUGAAACCAAUGAUGCUAUUCCUAUGAUCAGUAAACUGAGGUACAAUCCCAGAUUUGACAAAGCUUUCAAACAUGUGUUUGGAAAAACACUCAUUUGUCGUAGCAUGGAGGUUUCAACCCAGCUGGCGCGUGCUUUCACUAUGGACUGCAUUACUUUGGAAGGUGACCAAGUCAGUCAUCGGGGUGCUCUAACUGGAGGUUAUUAUGACACAAGAAAGUCUAGACUUGAAUUACAAAAAGAUGUUAGAAAAGCAGAAGAAGAACUAGGUGAGCUUGAAGCAAAGCUCAAUGAAAACCUGCGCAGAAAUAUUGAAAGGAUUAAUAAUGAAAUUGAUCAGUUGAUGAACCAAAUGCAGCAGAUAGAGACCCAGCAAAGGAAAUUUAAAGCAUCCCGAGAUAGUAUAUUAUCAGAAAUGAAGAUGCUAAAGGAGAAGAGGCAGCAGUCAGAGAAAACCUUUAUGCCUAAGCAACGUAGCUUGCAAAGUUUGGAGGCAAGUUUGCAUGCCAUGGAAUCCACCAGAGAAUCAUUAAAAGCAGAAUUGGGAACAGAUUUGCUUUCACAACUUAGUCUGGAAGAUCAGAAGAGAGUAGAUGCACUGAAUGAUGAAAUUCGUCAACUUCAGCAGGAAAAUAGACAGUUGCUGAAUGAAAGAAUUAAACUAGAAGGUAUUAUUACUCGAGUAGAGACAUACCUCAAUGAAAAUCUGAGGAAACGCUUAGACCAAGUAGAACAGGAACUUAAUGAACUGAGAGAGACAGAAGGGGGUACUGUUCUCACUGCCACAACAUCAGAACUUGAAGCCAUCAAUAAGAGAGUAAAAGAUACUAUGGCACGAUCAGAAGAUCUGGACAAUUCUAUUGAUAAAACAGAAGCUGGAAUUAAGGAGCUUCAGAAGAGUAUGGAACGUUGGAAAAAUAUGGAAAAAGAACACAUGGAUGCUAUAAAUCAUGAUACUAAAGAACUGGAAAAGAUGACAAAUCGACAAGGCAUGCUACUGAAGAAGAAAGAAGAAUGUAUGAAGAAAAUUCGAGAACUUGGAUCACUUCCUCAGGAAGCAUUUGAAAAAUACCAGACACUGAGCCUCAAACAGUUGUUUCGAAAACUUGAACAGUGCAACACAGAAUUGAAGAAGUACAGUCAUGUUAACAAAAAAGCUUUAGACCAGUUUGUAAAUUUCUCCGAGCAGAAAGAAAAGUUGAUAAAGCGUCAAGAAGAGUUGGAUAGGGGGUACAAAUCAAUCAUGGAACUGAUGAAUGUACUUGAACUCCGAAAAUACGAGGCUAUUCAGUUAACUUUCAAACAGGUAUCUAAGAACUUCAGUGAAGUAUUCCAGAAGUUGGUACCUGGUGGCAAAGCUACUUUGGUGAUGAAGAAAGGAGAUGUGGAGGGCAGUCAAUCUCAGGAUGAAGGAGAAGGGAGUGGUGAAAGUGAGAGGGGUUCUGGGUCACAAAGCAGUGUCCCAUCAGUUGACCAGUUCACUGGAGUUGGAAUUAGGGUGUCAUUUACAGGAAAACAAGGUGAAAUGAGAGAAAUGCAACAGCUUUCAGGUGGCCAGAAAUCCUUGGUAGCUCUUGCUCUGAUUUUUGCAAUUCAGAAAUGUGACCCAGCACCUUUUUACUUGUUUGAUGAGAUUGACCAGGCUCUGGAUGCUCAGCACAGAAAGGCUGUGUCAGAUAUGAUUAUGGAACUUGCUGUACAUGCUCAAUUUAUUACAACUACAUUUAGGCCUGAACUGCUUGAGUCAGCUGACAAAUUCUAUGGUGUAAAAUUCAGAAACAAGGUUAGUCACAUUGAUGUGAUCACAGCAGAGAUGGCCAAAGACUUCGUAGAAGACGAUACCACUCAUGGUUAAUUGGAAAAUAUCGCCUCUGGUUUGGAAGAUGUGUAUAGUAAUAUGAUUCUCAUACCCAGGAACUGUAAAUUUAAACCUAAAUAUUUGAUCAUUAAUAGUUUUCAGACUUAGAACAUAAAUAUUCCUUUUAUAUUUCUGUCUCUGUAUUUUAUAAGAUGCUCUGUAAUGUUACAUUUCUACUUAUAGUUUAAGAAUUUUAUUUCCAACAUGGUUUUUUUUUGUAAAGUGUUCUGCUCCUAUUUUAAAUCUUUGGAAAUGUGCUAAAUAUUCUUUCCUAAUUAUUUUAUCAAUUAUACUGCCUCUUUUUUAUAGCUUCAAUUAAAUAAUUGGUUUUGUGACUAAUUUAGUGUUUUAUGUGAUUUUUCAUUUAUAGUUGUGCUAAUUAGAGACAAUUUUUCUUAAUAAUUUACUUUCUGUUUUGCCUAAGAAAGGAUCUGCCCUGGUGGCACAGUGGUUUAAGAGCUCAGCUGCUGACCAAAAAAAAGGUUGGCUGUUCAAAUACACCAGGCAUUCCUUGGAAACUCUAGGGGGCAGUUCUACUCUGCACUAUCAGGUUGCUAUGGGUCAGAAUCAACUCCAUGGCAACAGGUUUAAAGGAUGAUUAAAAAAUAGAUUUUAGUUUUAUAUCCUGUCUAUCACAUUAAGUGGAUUUCGAUCCUGUCUAUACAUUCUAAUCCCCUGGGGGAGCUCUUAAAAAUGUAACACUGCUGGAGUCUUUCCCUAGACAAGUUGAAUCAAAACCCUUAAGGGAUGAGGACUCAGUCAUUGAUGUACCUAAAGUUCUCCCAGGUGAUAAUGGUGCUUAAUGCAGGUUGAGAACCCCUGCUUUAAUUUGGUAUAAUUGUCCUUUAAAGAUUACUUUUAUAUUUGGAUGGCAAUGUAUUAAAUAGAAUUUGUUUGGAAAGGUAGUUCUAAGUAUAGCUGAGAACACUAAAAUCAGAAAAUUGAGCCCUGAAAUUUAUUUAUUCUUCUGGGUAUAUAAAGUUUUAAAAAAUAUUGUUACUGAAACCUCAUUUUUUUUUCCCCAGAAGAGAUGUUUGUCUUGUUUUGUUUAUUGUGUUUUUAACAGCUUUGUUGAGAUACAAUUCAUACAUCAUUUAAAGUGCUCAGUUCACUGGGUUUUAGUAUAUUCACAGAAUUGUCCAAGCACCCCCACAGUCUCAUUUAGAACAUUUUCAUUACCCCCAGAAGAAACCCUGUACUUGCUAGUAGUCACUCCCCAUUUCCCUCUCUCUCCCUUUGUCCCUGGCACCCACAAAUCUACUUUUUGUCUUGAUAGAUUUGCCUGUUCUGGAUAUUUCACAUAAAUGGAAUCAUAUAACGUGGUCUUUUAUGACUGGCUUUUUCCACUUAGCAGGUUUUCAAGGUUCAUGCAUGUUAUAGCAUAUAGCAGCACUGCAUUUCUUUUUAUUGCUGAAAAAUACUCCAUUGUGUAAAUAUACCACAUUUUUAUCCAUUCAUUAUUUGAUGGAUAUUUGAGUAGUACUGAUUCUCCCACUUGGAGAUUUUAUUAAUAGUGUUAUAAAUUUACUGUUUUUCACCAUAGUAGAUUUGAAAAAUAUAUAUUCAUAAAUCACUUUAUCAGCCAGAGUACCACUAUUAACAUUUUGAGGUUUGCUUCAAAUCUUCACACAGAGUUGUUUAUAUUUAUACUAGAUACAUAAUUUUGUAUCCCAAUUUUUUCACAUAUUAACACAAUUUAAAAUAUUCCUGUUUAAACUCUUCAGAAACAAAAUUUUCAUAGCCAUGUAAUUUUUUUUUUAGUAAUAGUCUAUCAAAUAGAAAUGGUAUAAUUUACUUAAAAAUCCUCUGUUGGAUGCUUAGAUUGCUUCCUUUUAGCUGUAAUAGCAAAAGCAAACCUAAAAACUGAUUAAUGUUUUUACAUAUAAAACUCUUUGGAAAUAAUAUUUUCUCCGGAUUCCCCGAAAUCAGGCUAUGACCAUUUAUAAACAUGAUUUUUGGACCUUUUUAAAAAUACGUAAAAUCUGGAAUUGAUUAGUAUGUUACGUAGGUUAAAGAUUUUUCUAUUCAAAUGUCCAUUUUCUUAGAAAAUGAUGCAACUUCAGUUAUAGAAAUAAUAUUUUACUAUAAAUAAUGGUAUAAUAGUGAUGUAGUAAAAGUAUGGAAAAGGUGUGAAAGCUUUUGGAGGAUUUCUAUUUUUUUAUUUCUAAAAUUAAGCAAUAGCAAACCUAUUUUUAAAAAUGUUGGGUUAAUUCUUUAAAGGGUUUUUUCUGCUAACAACUCUAGGGAAGGGGCUAGCCCUUCCGUUCAGCUUCCCGUAAGGGGAAGAUACUGGUGUACAGGAAAAAAACGGUUUUAAGAUCUGACUCUCGCCCAGCAAAUGGUCUCCUCACACAGCAGCAUCAGGUUGCUGGGUUGCUUUGAGUGUGUUCCAAGUAGAAAUAUAUUCAUUCUUGACCUUUCUUCACCUUUUCCUUGUAGUAAUCAUUCUUGAUUUUUCUUCACCUUUUCCUCAGGCAUAUUUCUUUACCGGGGAACACUAAUAACCCAGGUUUGCAUAUUGAAGGUGAAAUCUGGUACGUUGAGCAAGGAAAGAGUAAAUGGAAACCAGAUGCAAAAUGGUACAGUUAAAAUCAGUGACAGCGAAGGUGUUAGUUCAACUGCCUAGAAGUUAGGAGGGUCUUUCUUUCCCUAUUUGAGGUUUUUUUUUUUUUCUUCUUUCCUUCUUAAAUUAUGCAUAACUAGGUAGAAUUGUCCUCUACUUUUGUGUGAAGAUUAAGGAAUAGUGAUACCCUUGUUCCCUUAGUUUCAUACUUCAUCAAGGAAAAACAGGCAGCUUUUCCUUUUCCUCUGGGAAAAGUAAUGAUGACAAUCUAUUUCAAUUGUUUUUUGCUUAGAAUUGCGUUAUGGCCUAUAUUUUGGCCCCUAUGAGUUUAGCUUCACCCAAAGAAUUUGGUCUCUGUCCUUGCAUCCAGCCCAUAGCUGAAGGUUUAUGCUAAUGAGGUGACUCAGGUGAGGGCUGGCCAGGCCAGAAAGACAGCCGACCUCAGGUGAGGGGAGGGCAUGAUUGGAUCAAUCAUGCCUAUGUAAUAAAAACCAAAAACGAAACCCUUUGCCAUCGAGUCAAUUCUGACUCAUAGUGAACCCUAUAGGACAGAGUAGAACAGUCUCAAAGCGUCUCCAAGGAGUGCCUGGUAGAUUCAAACUGCUGAUCUUUUGGUUAGCAGCUGUAGCUCUUAACUACUGUGCCACCAGGGUUUCUACUUACGUAUUGAGGCUCCGGUAAAGGCUGCAGACACAGAAGCUUUAUGGGCUUCCCGGUUGGUGAAAGACAUCAGUGUACGUGGUUGGGUAGUGCACCCCUUUUUGGAACUGGAAGUUUGUGUUGGAAACUCUCCCAGACCUCGCCAUGAGUCUCUUCAUUUGUAUCCUUUUUGCUAUAAUAAAACUAAUCGAAAGUAUACUGCUUUCCUGAGUUCUAUGAGUCAUUCUAGUGAAUUAUCAAACCCAUGGGAAUAGUGGGAGCUGGCAGAUUAGAAGUGAGGGGGAACCUUGCAUACCCCUGAGCUAGGAUCCUGAGAGGGUAAUGGGGAAACCUAGAAUUUAUAAUCAGCAGGUCAGAAAUAAGGGGGCCCUAGGGACCCUCACAGGGUCGCCAUGAGUCGGAAUCAACUCAACGGCACUGGGUUGGUUGGUU